AUGUCUGAUCCAUAUAAAGCUCUAGUGAACUCUUUUCGUAUGCAAUGUAUUGCAUACGUAAAUACGAUAAAUGUUAUUAGUGAUAUUGCGCGUUCCUCCUCCCCCCACCAAGAAAAGACCCACCCACACCCAACGAUGGCCGAAGGUUCCCCUGCUCCUCCUCCUGGUUCUCCUCCUCCUGGUUCUCCCCCUCCUGGUUCUCCCCCUGUUCCUCCUCCGCUUCUCGGACCACAACUAUUGGAUCCCUCUGCUUCUCCUGAACUUCCCUCAACACCCCACGUGGACUAUUACUCUAGCCCCCCCAAUAUUAUCAUUGUUUGGGGUCCCAUUUUUUACGAGAUUGUGACAAGAUUCCCCCCGAAUACAAGCAACACUGCAUUCGUUGUUGGAAGGAAGGGCACACAACAAGGGGCUGUCCCCAAAAGUACCAGUCCAUACCACCCUUUUAAUAUGAGGAGCGAAGUAAGACCUAACAUGAGAUGGUUGGUUAGGAUUGGGUAG